CGCAAACUACAUUCAGCUCUUGUACAAUGAUGUACUUCCUGUUAGCGAGGAUCCAAUGAUGCCCAGUACCUUCGCCAGCACUGAGGCGAAAACCAAAGCCAAGGAAGACUUCAAACACGCAAUGUUGACCUCUAUCAACAAAGAGGUUGCGAUGCUCGCGAAGCUCUAUGUCCUUUCCAUAAAGUUUCAAGACACUAACUCCAAGUGCUCGAUCCUUUCCGCCAUGUUCGAAUCAACUCUCAAACAGCGCGUGGAUAGGUCAUGCUACUAUCCAGGCACCAGGAUAGUCAAGCACAUUUACAACCAUACUGUGGCCUUGGAUCCUAUGAGGGAGUUCCUGACGAACCUUGCUGUCAACUACUAGAACUCUGGCUGGAGGAAAGAUACGGCCUGCGUAGAUUAUCACCCCGAAUACCUAUACGAUGUGGUCAUCGGCAUGGGAAAAGCUCGUGAUCAACCAACAGGUGCAGCAAUCCUCAAUGUCACAGACAUUACUCCUUUCUUCAACAAGGUCAAGGCGCUCGACAAGAAGGACGAAGAGAUUGAGGCGUCAUUGAUCUAGGCUAGAGUUUUAGGGUAUUUAGUAGGU